CCCGAGUAAUGGCGGACGCAGGAGCUCACACGAUAAGAAUCACAUAUGUAUUUUAUGCAUUUUAAGCCGGUUAACCCAUGAUUUUGCGAGAUCUGAAUACGGGAAUCGACCUAUGAAAGAGCUCUUGAUCGGAAGUGGUGUGUCACGCUGUGAUGGCAUUAUCAGAAGGAUUGCUAAAGCUUCGGUGGAACAACCAUGAGGCGACGUUCUGUCACAUUCUGCACAGACUCCGAACCAAGCCUCGGUAUGCAGAUGCAACAUUGGCAUGUGAAGGUCGUUUGUUCAUGGUGCACCGGUUAGUCUUAGCCACCUGCAGUGAUUUCUUUGAUGAGAUUUUCCAGCAGACCCCAAGUGACAGCACACGUGCCGUCAUUGUCUUGAAUGAGGCGCGGGCGCAGGAUGUGGAGUGCUUGCUGGAUUAUAUGUAUUGUGGACAGGUAAAUGUACGUCAAGCCAAUCUGGCAUCUCUGCUCAAGACAGCUGAGUGUCUCAAGAUUAAGGGGUUAGCUGUUCCAGAAGGAACUAUCAACACAUCAAACACAAAACGCACUCAGGAUCAUGUACCCUCUCCGGAAUCUCCACCAGCAAAGAAGAAAAAGAGAAAGAAGUGUCUAUUGACGCCUCCCUCAGCACCGGCCCCUGAAACCCCUCCCACCAUGCCCUCCACGCCUCUCAGCUCUUCAGCCUGGCUUGCCCCUACACCUCCCCUCACCAGUACACACUCUCCCACGCACCAGCCGAAUACCCUGCCCAUCAACUCCUCCCCACAGACACUGCCACCACCACUGCAUGUUUCCUCGCCUGUGUCCCAGCCACUCCCACUCAAGGUGGCUGUUCCAGUGGCUGACCCUGAGAAGGGCACCACCAAGACUGGCUGGCUCCAGAUCGUAUCGUCCAUGCGGCAGGGGCCUCCAGGGGAACAGGGACCACCUGACCCUGCCACACCCACUCAGCCUCGCUCGCACCAUACCAAGAAGAACAAAUGCUCACCAAAGGCCACUGCUCUGGACUCUUAUGCUGGACAGUUUCUGCAGACGGAAAUCAAGGAAGAGAUCAAAGAUGAACCAGUAACAGUGCCACUUGGACCCGAUGACCCACUUGAGGAAGAUGAGAAUAGCUGGGAGGAUCAGGAAGGUGGUGAGGAGGCGGGUAAGGAAACCAUGUACCGCAAGGUGACAGGGCUUCACCCUCCCCCUCCUGGGCUCCAUCCUGUGGUCUCCAGCAGUGGAUUGACGCAUUCGUCGCCUGUCUUGCCACUGGGCCUCUUUCGCGUUGGCUCCUAUGCUGUGCAAAGUGGAGGCCAAGCCUGGGAAACAACAGGGCAGCUCAGCAACUCACCUGAACCCAGUAACCAUGAGGCUUCUCCAGGUGCAAGCCAGCAGGCCAUGGACUUGGGACUAGGUCAGCUUGUUUACAAAAAAGGAUCGUCUGUGAGCCAAGCAACAAUGUCCCCCAAGCUGAUGCCAUAUGCAAUGUGCUCCAACUGCGGCACCAACAACACCAAGCUCUGGCGCCGCAACGACAAAGGUGAAAUCGUGUGUAAUGCAUGUGGCCUCUACUUCAAGCUCCAUGGAAUAAACCGGCCAAGCCACCUGUUCAGAACUGCCCCCAUGACUCGCAGAAGAAAUCCCAAGAAAAAGAAGGAGCCUGAGGGGGGGACAUCAGAACAGAUGGAACACAUUAUCAGUGAUUCGUCUCAGGAUAAGGAGCAGAUUCCUGAGACAGACCCUCAGGAUGGCCUGGCUGUGCUCAAUGCUGCUUUAACGCUCAACUCCCUCUUGGCCAAGGCUAAAGCUCACCAGUCGGCUAGAGAAGCUCUGGCAGCUCAGAGGUCCACAUCACCUCAAGUCAACAAAGGUUCAUCAGAAGCAGCAAGCGAGGCAAGGCCACCACCCCCACCCUUGCUGAAGAUCCCAGCUCCAGUGCGUGAGCAGGCUGCCUCCCCAACAGGUGCUCCUCAGGCCCUUGAGGACAGUCCCCAGGACCCAGGGGGCACACCACAGCACCCUGUGGAUGACUCACCUGGCCACGACCAACCAUCACAGGAGGAAGACCAGGGCAGGAAGUUUAUCUCACAGCUCCUGGAUAAUUGAAAUGCCUUGCAGGGAAAAGUUGCCAGUGGAAAAUAACAGCAUGGCUUUGGUAACCCUGCACAAAUAAAAGGGGGGAUACUGCCUAUCCCACAUCAGAAUGUGACACUCAGAAACAUUGAGGCAAGCUCAGGGGAGUCUUAAUGUAGAAAUGCAUGCUCAGUGUCUUUUUGGGUUGGACGUAGAAACUGUCAGACAGUAAGUGCCGUCAGAUGGCUCCAGUCGGCAGUGUUUAGUUGCUGUUUCUCCUUGAAGUAAAGAAUCAGCUCGUAAGUGUAAGACUAGGUUUAAUAGAUAUUGCUUUAAGUUGGGUAUUAUUUAAUCUCAUGGAAGAAUCUCACAAACAUUAUCUAAUGUGUAUAGGGUAUGUUUUUUGAAUGCUUUAAGAGUGUGUCACAGUUUUGGUGGCUGAGACAUAUCAUCAAGAAAAAUUAAUCAUCCAAAUCUGUAUAUGUGAUACUUUGUGUGUGUGUGCGUAACUUCUAAAAUUAAUUUUUUGGUGACAAGAUUUUUGUAUAAUUGAACUUCAAAAGAACAAACAAAUGCCCUUUUUAUCCCAACACAGAAGGACUGUAAUUGAGAGCAUAGUUGCAUAUUUUUUUGUAUACAUAAGCUAAUGUGCAUUGACAUUAAAAGGAGCAGAAGCAUAGACGUGCCAGAGUUCGGUGGAGGUGUGUGAACUUUCCUCAACUAGAUGCUGGAAGAAAUGGAGUCUUUUUGUUUUUAUGAUUUACAUAUUCUACAUUUGGAAUUUGGAAGGUUUUGUAUCUUGACUGCAAAAAAAUCAUACAGGUCUACAGUGCGACCUCAUAUGGAGGAGCCACGUUAUUUUUUUCUUGCUCCCUCUCUUUCAUGUAUAGCACUUGUUAAUUAUUGUUAUUUCUGUUCAUUAAGGCGCCAUAAGUCCAUAUUCUCUUACCCGGUCUCCACCUGAUUCAUGGCAUAGAUUUUCAGAUCAUAUUUGCAUCAGCUUUAGGUUAUAGGACUUUAUUGCCUGCAGUGAGGCAAUGAGAAAGUUUUGCUUACACAUUUUAUUAAUAUUAUUUAUUAUUUCUUAAAUAUUUAUGUGUUGAUCUGUAACGUGUGAUCUCUUUGAAAUGUUCAGUGCUGCCCUAUUGCAAACUACUUAAAGGUCACAUACUUUUAACAGCUAUAUAUCUGUUUUUAUCAUUAUUAUUACUGUUACUUUUUCUUAUGAUACAUAAGAAUUCAGAAAAGUAUUUAUAUAUACUGUAUAUCUACCUGUCAGUCUAAGAACAUGUCACAAAUUCAGAUAUUAUAUAAAGUUCAAACAUACUCCAAAACUUUUUACCAUUGUGAGGCUUUGCGAUAAACACAGUUAACAAGUAGUGGAAUUCUAUUUAAACAUUGUCAUUGAAUGGAACUUGUGAUACAGAAUGCCCGAAUAGUAAUGCAACUUGCUGUGCUCUACUUUUUGCCCAAGGAAUGCUCAAAUUUUUCCACAAUUUAUCUACUUAAAAUACUCGCUUUAAUUCCUAAUUUAUCUGAUAUCCUUUGUCUCACGUUCACUUUGGAAGUGAUUGGAGUUCGAGCAGAAAUAUCACGGCCUCCUUUAAUGCUCUCAUUGCAAUUACUAAACUGUCACUCAAGGAUGUGAGAAGGCUAGGAUUGUUGGCAACACAAAUGUGCUUUGAUAAGAUGAAGAUAGGAUGACGGAAGAUUGAUAGUCUGAUUUAUAGGAUAUGAUUAAUAUGAUCUGAUGAACUGAACCACAGAAUCUCUUAACCAUGCAGGGAAAUAUUUUUGACACAUUAUUAUAGAUUUGAAUCUAAUGGCAAUUUUAAAAUGUUUUCUGUCCUGGAGAUCUGACUUUUUGUGUUAUCGAUUUUUUUUUUUUUUAAGGUAAAUUUGUAUCAGUAAGUGUUCUGUAUAAUUACUUUCAUGAAUCUCAAGGAACAGUUAAUUAAGCCAUAAUUUUUUAAAAAUUUAUUGUUAAAAGGGAAAUAGAAAGAAUCUCACAGUUGAAACAGAUACUCAUAUUUUUAAGAUUUGAAAAAGAAAAACAAUUAAUGAAUUUAUAUGUGUAUAUGUAUGUGUAUAUGUAUGCCUGUACAUGCAAUUUAUGUAAUAUAAAGUGUAUACUUACAUAUGCACAAGCAUAUAUAGACAUACACAAAUAAUCACUUUAAGAACUUUACAUUGAAGUAUUGCUUGUUGUGGAGAGACACAGAGAGGAAAAAGCACUCGAUGGUUUCUUGGUAUUUUUAACAUGGCUAUAUUAUAGGCUUUUUUCUCUCUUUCUUUUUUGAAUUAGAUCUGUUUGAGUCAGGUAUGCCGUCUUCAUUAUUUAGAAAUAUGGUUGGGUUGAUAGUGGCUGUUCAGUAAAUGUGAUGUAGUAUUGAAUAAUCUUUUUAGUUAUAAGUACGAGUUUUGUAGAGAUGCUGGCAGAAAAGUCAUUAUAGGUUGUAUCUUGUUUGAAUGUAAGAUGUACUUGAUAUUACUGUAAAAUUUAAGUAAAGGCAAGAUGCGUUCAGAAAAGAGUAAGUGAAAAAAAUGACACUUCAAAAGGUAGAGUCUCCAGUUCUCAAGGGGAAGGGAUGGUUGAUUUGACACAAGAUAUAGCAAUGUCCAUCUGUCUGUGUGAAGUGUGGUUUUUGUAAAGCCAGUCUUAUGAGGGUAGGAUAAUUUGUGUUACACGCAUAAGUGAUGGUAAAUCAAACGAACCUCAGCUGCAACGACGAUACUGAGAAGAAAUCCUAGUUAACGACCGUAGGAUACUUUGUGUGGUAAUUUAUAAUGUUUUGAUUUUCUCUCUGUCGUCUUUUUUGCCAGGUCAGAUCUGUGGGUGGACAAGUUGAAACAACAAAGGAAUGUUAGAUGUCUAUUUUUAUACUUGUUCAGCUGAAGUUAGUUGCAAGAUAAACUGUAUUUUUAUUUUGUUUUGGAUUUUUUUUUUUUUUUUUCGUAUUACAUCAGCAACCAUGUUCUAUAUUUAACAAGUAGUAGGACUUUAGAUAAUUAAUUAAAAAUUUAAAAACACUUUUACUUACAUAUAUACUUUUUUUUUAAUGGUAAAAAUCACUUUUGCUUACACAUGCACUUUUUUUAUUAAUGGACAGCCGAACAUAUUGUGUUAGAGACAAUUAUACGUAGACUUAUCUAUGAUUCCUGUUUAUAUUUUGUAAUAAUAUUAAAUGGCUUUAUGUUUAAAAUACAGUAUUCAUAAGAUAGUCUACAAGAUAUAGUAAUAAGAAUUUUUAAAAAAUCCAUAUGCCUUUGAAACAGAAACAGAAGUAAUUUUUUCAAACAGUUACUGCAAUACACACAUUUCUCAGUCCUCUGUUUUGCGACUGAAAUGAAAUAGGAAACUCAAGUACUGCCACACAGAUCUUGGUGUCCAGAUUUUGCCUGUUAUUGUAAUUUAAUCAUGCUAUAACUUUUAUUAUGAUUAUUAUUAUAGAUAUUUUUGUUAUCUAUAUUGGUAUUAUUAUUAUUAUUAUUAUUAUUAUUAUUAUUAACUGAUAUUAUUCUUAUUAUUGUUAUUAUUAUUAUUAUUAUUAUUAUUAUUAUUAAAAGAAAACACUUUCAGUAAGGAUGUGUUAAAUACACAGAGAUUUUAUUUAUUUAAAUUGAUUUUUUUUUUCUAGCAUCUUGUUCUACCUCAAGCAAGUUUAAAGCCCCAACUGACCCCCCAUCCCUGACCCCACUUCACUUGAAAGCCCUUGCUCAAUGUAUGUCAUCCUCCCUUUACCCCCCAUACCCCCAUUCAUCUCCCUUCCCUCGUCAUUGUCUUCCUUAUAAGCUUACCGUUUUCCUUUAUGUUAUUGAUUUUCUUGUUCGACCCUGUGCCUUGGCUCAUUAUAUUUUCUCUCUCUCUCUCUCUCUCUCUCUCUCUCUCUUUCUCACUUGCUCACUUUCACGCUUUAUUUUGUGUGUGAGCCCGUUUACUUGACAUAAUAAGUAAGAUACAAAGAUCUUGUGGGUCUUUUAUAUAUAUACUUUUGUAGGUGAUAAGUCAUGUACAAUUAGCAUAUUGAGUGAGGACUAUUUAUAACUGUGAAACUGUUGGGCAAUUUGUGCAGCUUCGUUGUUUGUUUAAACCUUCCUCUCUCUUUUCUUCUUCUUGAAUGUGUAUUUUUUUUUCUUUUUCUUCUUUUUUACUUAAAGAUAAGAUCUCGUCAGUUUUAAUUUGAACCAUGACAAAUGAUAUUAAUGUAAAUUGGUAUUAGGUAAAGUUUUAUGCCAAGAGCUCUGCUGAUUUCAAAUUAGUUAUGUAUGUUUUGGACUUUUUUGGCAGGGAUAGAAACCCAUUAAAUUUUAUGCAGGCAAUUCAGUACCUUUGUUUACUUUUGCUUUUAUUAUUUUUGUAGAUUUUUUUCUUUUUCCGUAAUAAGAGGGUAUUUGUAUGAAAUUACCAAAGAAGUGAAAUGUACAGUCAGUAAUGGAGCCCCUCCCCAUUUUUUUUAAUAAUUUUUUUCCCCAUAUACAUGACAGCCCUCAUUUUGAGCAGAGCUCCAAGGUUUUACGUUUUGCAGGCUGACUUUUUUGUAUUGUCAUGUGUUGCAGAGUAAAUUGCAAGAGCACAUGAGGCAAACAGUUUCAUGAUCCUGUGAUAGUGUGCUCGUAAUUGCCUGUGGCAUUUCUUCCUUUCAUAAAUUGUUUGGGUAUUGCCAGAGAUGCCAUCACAGAGAUUAUCAGACGUGUGAUGUAUGUGGUACAAUGUUGUAAGAAUUUCUAUAACAGUGUGAAUUAGUGUGGAACUUUUGGGAAAAAGUGUCAUGAGCAGUGAAGCAAAAGCUCUGUUCCUACAGAGAGAUAAAGGGGGUUUCAGGGUGCUGGUGAACAAUAAAUGGUACAACCUGGUAGCAGCUUAAGCCUUGUGAUGGUGUCCUGGUAUACAGCAUGUGCAGGUGUGUGUUUCAUAUUCUCUUUUUGUUGUCAUUCUUUCAGUUUUCUUUUGAACCUCUCUCUCCUCUCCUCUCCUCUCCUCUCUCCCUCCACUUCUCCCAUCCCACUCCUCUGCUCUCAUUUAUUCACACACUCUCUCAGUUUCUCUUUUAUUUCACUAUUCCCUUCUUCCCCUCUCUCUCCCCCUUGUAUUUUGUAUUAUUUUUCUUUCCCACCCAGUGUACUCUAUAUAAGGUUGGUUCAUGUAUUGUAGUUAUGCUUUGCCCAAUGAAGGUAAAUGAAUUGUGUUGUCUUGGUGAAUUAUUUGUUAUUAUCAUUAAUAUUAUUAUUUCUUCCCUUUUUCCUCUUCCCUUAGUUUUAGUGUAAGCCUUGUGGUAGUAAUGAAAGCGCUUGAUGAAACGCAUCGUUAUAUGUAUUGUCAGUUUUCAUCAGUGGUUUUUAGUAUUUUACUAUUAUUAUUAUUGUUGUUGUAAUUAUUAUUAUUAUUAUUAUUAUUAUUAUUAUUAUAAUUAUUGUCAUAAUCAUUAUUGUCAUUAUUACUAUUAUUAUCAUCACGUUUUUGUGAUGGAUUUAUGUAAUUUAAGCAUUGUUGAGUGGGUGUAUAUCUUUUGUGCAUGUUUUGAUUUUUUUGUCUGUAUUUUUAUAAUCAUUUUUUUUCUCAAUAGGUAGUUGGCACAGUUGUGCCAAUUGGGUGUGGAAUAUAGAAUAGAAAUUGACAUUUCUUUUUAUACUGUAUUGUAUAAGGGCUUACAGAGGCCCUGCUAAGUAUAACCUACCUCUAGUUUAUAUUAAAAAAUGAAAAUGAUAAGGAGGCCAAGAAAUGGAGCUCCUGAUUCACAAGGAUUGUCUAAUGUUAUUAUUUAUUGAUCUUAAGAUUUGGUUCAUUAAAUGACAAAGCAUCUGUCUUUUUUAUUAUUAUUAUUAUUAUAAUCAUAAUCAUUAUUAAUGAUAAUAGAAUUGACAACGUAAGUGGUCUGCACCAUGUAGCUGCAUAAAGUGUGAUUUAGACAUCUUAUUAAUGAAUAAGAAACUAUGCCUUGAAUUCCCCCCCCCCCCCUUUCCCCCCAUCUCCCUCUCUCCUUUUCCCCCCUCAAGACUCGAAAUGUACAACAUAUUUAUGUGAUCUGACGACAAAGGAAUUGGUCGUCGCCCUUUGGGAAACCUUUAGGAUACUCUUUUUGUACACUAUGAUAAAGGAGCUUAAAUCUCAGAGGAUCCACCACUAUCUAAAUAGAUUCAUUAUUAUUCUUUUGGUUCAGUUUUUUUAUCAAGAUGACUUAUGUUCAUGAACUUUUAUUAUUAUUUUUAUUAUUAUUGUAUUUGUGUAUAGUUCACUGCAGUUUAUGCAAGCAGUACUUGAUUUUUGUACAAGGAUUAAAUCACAGUAAAUGCCAAAAGAUUUAAGGGUAAGAUUUUUUUUUUUUUCAUUUCCCAGUGUCAUAAUUUUAGAUUUAGUGUUAUAUAUGAUUUUUUUUUUUCUAUUCUUCUUCAUCCAUAUUUUCAUACUCUCUCUCCUUUCGUUUUAUUAGCACAAUAGUAGCUACAAAGGUAAUGAUCCGUUGUUGUCUAGUCCAAGGGUGUAAGGUAACUGCGACAGAAAUCCAAACAUCCAUUGCAUGUGGCUAUAUAACAAGAGUAGCAUUUUUUUUGUUGUUGUUUCUGAACUAUGGACUGUUUGAUAUUAUUGUACCUCUUCUGUUUUUAAAUAUCUUAAAAUACUCAGUAGAUAUUAGGCUAAUAACUUUAUUAUUAUUAUUAUGAUUGUAAUUCAUUUUUUUUUUUUUUAUUAUCAUUGUUAUCAUUAUUAUUAUUAUUAUAAUUAUCAUCAUUAUUUUUUGUAAGUUGUUUUAUCUGUCAUGUCCUGAGCUUUUAAGUUAGUGAAAUGGUUUAUUCACAAGAAUAUAUUUGUUUAUUGUGUAUUUUGUAUGUCAGAUUUUAUAUGUGUGUUAUCUUUAAACUUGACAUAUGUGAAUGUGCCCUUGGUUUAGGAAACUGAUGAUAUUAUGUAUCCAUGAUUUCAGUUGGCUUGGCUGUCCAUAUAUUGAUGUUAUAUGUUGAUACUAAUCAUCAAAUAUUAAGUAUUGCAAAGGUACAUGAUUAAGGCUUUUCAUUCUCUCUUAUUUUUGAGUUAGUGAUAUGUAUACUAUUUAUUCUUUUUGUAGGAAAACUUUUUUUUUUUUUAAAGUAAUAUGAUGGUAUUUUUAUUUGGAAUUAAAGCCUUUUACAUGCAAGUUCCCUUAGCACCUCCCUCACUUUUUUGUAUCUUACCCCCCCUUCCCUCUUACCUGGCCCCUUUUCCCAAUAUCUUUAUAUUUUAAUUUUCAUAUUUUAGUUUAUCAUUGUUAUUUUUAGUUUUGUUAAGUUCUUUUUAAAUUUUUUAUUUCUUUUUCUAUUUUUUCAUAAUAAUGUUGGAAUUGUAACCCCUCCCAUCCCUAAGUAUAUCAGUAAUGAUAUCCUUUCAUCUCUGUCUUUAUCCCAGCCCCCCUCCCCCUCCCCAGCCCUCCUCCAGCCCUCCUCAGUCCCCCUUGUAGUUAUGUGUAAGAUUUCAAUCAUCCAGGAAUAACAAAGCAGGGAGGUUCGUGUUCGGUCACAGUUUGUCGUCCCCCACAUACAACCCUCCGUUCCCAGGAUCAAAACUAAUUUUAAGACUUCAGUGCCCUUCACGUCUCAAGUUCUCUUUAGGGUAGGUGAUAACAUUUUUCCGACAAAGUGUGUCAAGAGGGAGCACAAGAGUUGUAUAAAAUGUGUACCGGUGAAAAACAGUGUUUAAACAUUGUCUUUUUUUUAUUAUUUAUUUAUUUUUUAUUGUUAUUAUUUUUAUAUGGCCCUACACAACAGCAUAGUUUUUUGUUUUUUCUUUUUUACCUUUUUUUUAUAUAUAUAAUGUGUGCAGUACCACACAUUUGGGUUUACUACCUGUUUUGAACUCUGGGAAUACUUAUGUGAAAUAUUUAAUGACAUCACAUUUAUAAAAGUCAUCCAGUUGUGUACCCUUGACUAAUUUUGUGAUGUAUUUCACUCUUCUUGUCUUGACAGUUGCCUUUGGACGUUUUGUACAGAGCUGUACAUAUGAAAAUAUUGUAAAAAUGGGUAUUUUCUUCCUUUACCAAAUAAAUAAGAAAACGUU